AUGUCUUGCAAUAAAAAAAUACGAAAAUUAAAUUCAAAUCAAUUACAAGAACUUCGACAAGCAUUUGAUUUAUUUGAUACUGAUAGUAGUGGUAGUAUAUCAAUAAAUGAAUUGAAACAAGUUCUUCAUGCAUUAGGUGUUAGUUUAUCUGAACAAGAAAUUCGACAAAUGUUUUCAGCAAUAGAUGCUGAUAAAAAUGGUUUGUUAUUAGACGAAAUAAAUAAUGAUUUUAUUGAUUUUUAUAUAGGUCGUAUUGAAUUUGAUGAAUUUGCUGAAAUAGUAGCAGAUACGUAUUUUAAAAAAUUUUCUCGUGCUGAAAUUCUUGAAGCAUUUAGAAGAUUUGAUCAUAAUCAUGAUGGUUUUAUUGAAGCUGAUGAAUUAAAAAUAAUAUUAGAUCAACUUGGAAGACAUUUUUCGAAUGAAGAAAUUCGUCGUAUGAUUGCUCAAAUUGAUCGAGAUGGAAAUGGAAAAAUAUCUAUUGAAGAAUUUGCUGCACUAGUUGAAAGAGAAUUUUGA